UGGAAGCAGCCUCGUGUUUGAACGGGGGAGUAAUGAAGGUUGAUGACGAUACUGUAGGCGUUUAAUGACACCGGGCAUGCUGUAAACCUACCAAUUAUAUCACUCUGGCCCAAGGAUUCGCGUUCUAUUGUCUAAUGUGCCGCACAACCUCAAUAAAGAGUCGUGUGCGUUUGUAUGAGCAAAGAAACAGCGAUCAUAGGGAAGAACAGACAGCUUUCACCAUGAAUGCCACUGGUUUCAUCAUAGUUUUGCUGCUGAGCCUGGCAAACUCAGUGACUGGCCGGUCAUUGGCUACAGCUCUGGGACAUACUGACCACAGCCACAACCCCACACCGCCAGUGACCAACCCAGAGCUGCGAAUGCUGCAGACCAGUGCCGUGAAGUGGAACGCUACUAUAGGAAUGUACGUCCUGAAGAACGGCGACUGUGUCACCCAGGGAGACAUCAUGCUGAGCAGUGAGGAAUGUUUUCUGUGGGCCCAGAGGAUCAGGGAGAACCGGGAAAAACUACGUCAUCGCCACGGGAACACAGAGGAAGAAGAACGGACGCACGCCCAUGGUACUGGUGGUAAGAGUGCCGGGAUGGAAGAUGAGGAGGAAUUGGAAGAGAUCUCCAAGAGAAAAUCUGAAUCAAACACAGCGCCGGAGCAACUCACUAAUUACCGCAAGAACUGGCGGGUCUACCACAAGCACCCAAAGAAUAAAGAUGUUAAAAGAUCCCACCAAGCCGAGCAACGCAGAGACACCGAAAAUGACGAGGACCAGGAAGAAAAAUCAGGAGAGCAUGAUGAUGACGUCACAGGGCGCCACCAGUCUGUCCACAGCAGUGGAGAGCAUGGUUUUAAGAAGUCAUCUCAUCACGUCAAUUCACCCGAGGAGGUUGCGGACCACCGUUCAUCUGGUCAUGACGAUGACGUCAGUGGGAGUAAACGUCAUCAUGGCGAGCGUGACGUCACAGGCAAAGAUGAAAGUGACGUCAAUAAGAGGUCCGAUCACCCCCACUCCCCGGCCGGGGUGGUACUCUAUCAUAAAGGGCGCGUGGUUGAGACGUCACACUCUGAGGAGCAGAAGCACAAGCUGAAAUUGCCAAAAGAUGCUGGGAGCCCGGCGCGCAUGCGCGGAUUUUCUUCUGCCAGUGCCGACGUCUCUGGCACCAGCAAGAGAGAUGAUGAAUUUGGUUUUGCUAACAUAUGAUUAAGACACAUAAUCUUAACUGAUUGACGUACAGCAUAAAGUUUUAAAUCAGCUAGAAAAUGAGACUUUUUAACAAUAUUUACACAGUGUAUACUCAACACUUAUUUACUUUUUGCAGUCACACUGUGUUCCUUAUGGUUUGCACUGAACACUGAAAAUUUAUUCUAUAUACAAUGUAAAUAUUUCAUCAAUUAUUGUAGCAUAAAUACAUUUUGCAAAGAAAUUC